UCUUUGUUCCAAACCCUAGUCAAAAUAAUAUCGUAGUCCAUUUGGCAUUUCUUCUGUGCCAUGCUUUCGACGUCUCGGGUUCGAUUCUUGCCAUUUGCUUUUUAUGUCCAGUUUUCUUCUCUUUUAAUCAUCCUCUUCAUUUCCCCGCCGGAAAGCUGAUCGGUAAUCAUCAUCUUCAUAUCUCCGCCGAAAAGUUGAUCGGCAUGGAUGAUGAACAGCCAUCUCCCAGUCAAAGAAAGGUUAAGUUCACCCCUAAAGCCCCUUCUCAACGAAGACCUAGACGCACCGUUCCCAAAACUGAAGUCAAUGGUGUUGAUAACAAUGAAGAUGAAGCAGUCCAGGCUCAGAAGCUGAUGCGCAAAUUCAAUGAGAAUUUCAGAAGACAAGGCCCUAGAGUAGAGAAAAAAUCUACAGUACAGGUUGCCUUUGGGCCAGGAGCCACAUCAUCCACUUCUAUAAGGACAUUUGGUGUUUCAAAGGGUGAGAAUCCUGUUAGCUCAGGGAUAAAGGACUCUACUGAUGAUGAUGGGAAAAUUGUUAUCUCGUCACUUUCAACUGACAAAGAAGAUGAGAUUAUUAACUGCGCUUCGGAAGACAUUGAUGCAUUACCCCUGAAAAUCAAGAAAGACUAUAGAGAACCUUGGGAUUACGACCGUACCUACUAUCCAACUACUCUUCCUCUGAGAAGGCCUUACUCUGGUGACCCAGUACUUCUCGACGAGGCCGAGUUUGGGGAGGCUGAAUAUGAUGAGAGCACUAUGAAUCCUGCUUCAGAUCUCGAGCUGUUGGAGGAAUGUGACACAGAAAAAAUGAUUUUCUUUCAACUUCCUGCCAAGCUGCCUCUUGUCAAGCGAUCAGCUAGUGCAAAGGGAAAAGAGAAAGCUGAAGGCUCAAUUCCAUCACAAGGCAAGAAUGCUGCAAAGAAGGAAAGCAGUUUGGAUGGGUUAUCAGCGGGAUACAUGGGCAAAAUGCUGGUUUACAGGAGUGGAGCGGUCAAGCUGAAGCUGGGUGAUACCCUAUACGAUGUUUCACAAGGAUCAGAUUGUAUGUUUGCUCAAGAUGUUAUGGCUAUAAACACUGCAGCCAAACACUGUUGCACAAUCGGAGAACUUGAGAAACGUGCUGUUGUGACACCUGAUGUUGAUUCUCUCUUAGAUUCUGUGGUCAAUUUGAGCUAAAUGCACAGCAAUAAAUUCAGUAGGUUAACAACGUUCAUAGAAUAUGGCUAGGGGAAACGCGAACCUAGUAGUGGAUGUGUAUAAUUGCGUAAAUAGGCAUGCAGAAUUGCAACAAUCUCGACUAGAUGGUAGGUAAAAUUGGGCAUUGCAAGAUGUCAUUGUUCAGCUAUAUUCCCAAGUUAAUAGUUCCUUGGACAAAACCAAAUUGAAGCUUGUGUCA